AUGGCCACUGUGACUGAGAGUACGCAGAGACCUCCUCUGCCUGCCGACGGCCAUGCCGAUCUGACGUUGAACCGAAUCGUACCUAUUCCGACUCCAACCCCGACCAUCCAAAUGUCUGCUCCAUCUCCCGGUGAGCCAAUGGAGAUAACCUCCUCCGCGACCGCCAGCACCACUUCCCCAUCGUCCAAGCACGACCCAGACGCCAACGGCACAUCCGACCGUUUCAAAAACACCUCCCCUACUGAUCAGUCUGCGAACAAUUCCGUCACAAUGCCUGCUGCGCCGGCCGCCGCUGCUGCGGCUGUUCAUCAGCCAAAGAUUGUGCAGACAGCAUUUAUCCACAAACUGUACAGCAUGCUAGAAGACCCAAGCAUCCAGCACCUAAUAUCGUGGUCAGCAAGUGCCGAGAGCUUUGUCAUGUCUCCUUCGGCCGAUUUUUCCAAAGUCCUUGCGCAAUAUUUCAAACAUACCAACAUAUCCUCUUUCGUCCGACAGUUAAACAUGUACGGAUUUCAUAAAGUGAGCGAUGUAUUUCAUACUACGAACCCCGAGACUGCUCUAUGGGAAUUUAAGCACGGAAAUGGCAACUUCAAGAGAGGUGACCUUGUUGGGCUCCGAGAGAUCAAGCGCAGGGCCUCUCGCCAUGCCCUUGUUCACCGGGAAUAUCCCAACUCAAAGCCAAGCCCAUCGCAGCCGGGAACACCAGCUGAACCAAUGCCACCCCCAAGUGACGGGUCCGAUCCCCGAAUGCCUGGGCUUGAACACACUCUCUACGAUCUAAGCAUGCGACUGCAAAGGAGCGAAGAGAACGCGCAUUACAUGCAUGUUAAACAACAGGCAGUGAUGGAGACCAUGUCGCGACUUCUGCAGUUCAACCAAGAGUUGUCCCGUACUAUUCUUCAUCUGGUUCCGAGUCCAGACAACCCAGUUCACAGGGACGUUCUCAACCUGCAAGCGGAAAUGGCUCGGCAAGCGGAUAUGCUUCGGACCAUUGAGGAUCCUCAAGAAUCACCGUUUGCCAAUAGUCGUGCUUACUUUUCCAAUGUCGAGAAUGCCCCUGUUUCGCCGCGCCAGAUGCCCCAAGAUGAUCCUAGACGGGGAAACCUGGCAGUUCCUCAACCCAGAGGGCAGAAUUUCUACCGACCUCCUGUUCCCUCAAACCUGUCCAUCAGCACGCGACGGCCCUAUGGCUCGAUCGGCGGUAGCAGCGCGCCACAGGCCUCAUCCCCCCUAAGAGGAGCGCCACCUCCACCUCCACCUGGACCUCAUCCCUUGGCUCAAGUUGAGCCGCCUCCUGGGAGCCUUGCGAGGCGUCACACGUCGGCCGACAUUCGUGCUCACGGUUGGCAGCCAAGCGCCCCACCAUUUGUCUCUGGGCCUCCGUCUGGACCUCCCUCUGGACAGUGGCCAUCAUCGCCUAGCCGGGCUGCGCCCGAGGAUCAACGUAUCAGGGAGUCAUUAUCAACCUAUUCAUUGCAGAAUGCCACCCAGUCGCGUCCUCUCUCGCGGCCCGCGACUCCUCCUGCGCCAUUCUCCAACGGUGGUAGUGGAGAUACCUUUGGAAAUUGGUCAUGGAACUCUGCCAACAGAGAUAACAAAAAUUUGUCGAUCCGAGACAGCUCAGGUCCGCCUACCCGGCGUGGUAGUAUGGCUCAUAUUCUCAACCCGACGGAUACAGCCGAGAGAGAGGAUGAGGAUGAAGACCCGCGAGGCGACGACGACCGCAAGCGCAAGCGGAUGCAAUGA